GAAUCACACGGAGUGAUCAUGAAAGGAGACGAGGAGGCAUGAGGAGAAACAAAGGAACAAAGAAACAGAUGCAGAAAAAAAACGUCCUAGCGCCUCUCAUCCACAUAUAAGUACGCCAAACAAUCGAAGAAACUUCUUGAUCCUUUUCACGUCUUUAUUCUGAUAAUAUGCCGUUGCAUCGUUUCUCUUUCAUAUUGCUUCUGAUCACUCUGUUUGCUGUUGCUAAAUUUUAUACAGCAGAUGCUUAUCCUUUAUACGUGCCGGCACUUGCUCGUCCACCAGAUCAACGCGUGUUUAGUAUUGGCGGUGCGCAUCAUACACCAUCCUGUCACGACAACGAAGACAUCGUAGAGUCGGAAUCUGGCCUUAUGGAAGGGGAAGACGCUGACAAGGGAUAUGCGCCUUUUCAGUUGUCUCUGGAUUAUUUAGUGGAACUGGUGCGAGACAUUCUCUACAGAAUGAGCAGUGAUGAAUACGCCGAAGAUAUGGAUGUCUACGACGAUAAUUCCGACAGUGAGCAAGAUAUGGAAGCCGAACCGGACUGGAGCGUAGUGGAUGAGGAGAAUAUUAGCGCAACACUGUUAGUGUCAUCCUCAGAUUUGGACGACAACUUUAUCGAGAUGUCCAUGGUCUCUCAUAUGCGGAAAGCGCGAUCAAAGAUGACGAUGGACGACCUGUGGAAAAUGACCGAAGGCAUGACUUCGGGAACGUCGGACAAAGACGACUUUGACUAUCAUUCUGACACGUAAAAAAACGGAGCUCGCUUUCAACCACUUGGCCCAUCCUAGUUUUCCACUCAUAAUCCUUAUUUAAUCUCAUAACAUUCAAUAUGCCCUAAAAACAGCACCCUUUUGUCGAUCAUGCAGCCCAUCCUCACUCUAAUAAUAUUCCUUAGCAUCCAUGGCAUAAAGUAGUAAUACGGAAAUAAUGAACC